AUGGCGUGUGUUCCGCGGCCGUCUCCGGUGCCCACCCUGCUCCGCCUCCUCUCCUCCCACACCUCCUUCUCCGCCGCCGCCCACGCCGCCCUACUCAAGUCCUGCUCCCUCUCCAGCCCCGUCCCGAUCGCGGCCACCGCCCUCCUCACCGCCUACGCGAAUGCCGGACUCCCGAGCGCCGCGUCCCGCCUGUUCGACGAAAUGCCCGCGAGGGACGCCGUCGCGUGGAACGCGCUUCUCGCCUGCCUCGUCUGUCACGCGUGCCCCGGGGCGGCCGCCGCGGCCUUCCGCGGCAUGGCCGCCUCCGGGCUCCCGCCCACGUCCGCCACGCUCUGCACCCUACUCAAGGCCUGUGGUCUCGUCGAGGACGCCAUGAGGGUGUUUGUGCUCACGAAGUGCCCAAAGGAUGCCGCCCUGCACAAUGCUCUUCUCUCAGGUUGCGUGGAGAACGGCUGGUUCAGCGACGCCUUCUCGAUGCUGAGGCGGCAGAUAGAGCUCAAUGGGAUCUCGCUGACCUCUGCUCUCACGGCCUGCGCAGCGACAGCCAACUUGGCUUAUGGUAUGCAGGUGCAUUGCAAGGCUCUCCGUAGUGGGUUUGAUUCUGACACCAUUAUAUGCAAUGCGCUUAUUGACAUGUAUGCAAAAUGUGGGAGGGCAACAGCUGCGCGUAUAGUAUUCGACCGGAUGGCUACCAGAAAUGUGGUCUCCUGGUCAAGUAUGAUUGACGCUUACGGUCGCCAUGGACAUGGUGUGGAUGCUUUGGAUUUGUUUAAGCUAAUGGAGAAAGCUGCACCAAUGGUCUUGCCAAAUGCUAUCACAUUUCUGGCGGUUCUGUCAGCCUGCGGACACUCUGGUCUGGUGGAUGAAGCUCAGUCCAUGCUGCAUUUGAUGAAGAGCAAGUACGGGAUUGAUCCACAACCAGAGCACUACGCAUGUCUAAUAGACAUGCUAGGACGUACAGGCCGUAUUGACGAAGCUUGGGAUCUAUAUUGUAGUCUAACUGCAAGUUGA